AUGACGGGGGAUAGCGAAAUGCGUAACGACAGCCCAGAAGGUCAUGCAGACGACGGUGUUAUUGAUGUGGCGCACUAUCGCAAGUUAGUUAAAAUGUUCAUCGACAUGCGUCGUUAUCAAACGGCACUGUUUUGGGCUGAAAAAGUGUGUGUACUGAGUCAAAAUGACCCCAAAGAUAUUUAUUGUCAAGCGCAUUGCAUGUUCCUUUUGAAAGAAUACCAUCGAGCGGCGCAUCUUAUACGUCGCUUCCAAUUGGAAAAGUCACACAUAUCCAGUUAUAAUUUAUUAUUGGAAAGCUUGUAUGAAGCAAAGGAACUAAAUGAAGCAGUUAGUGUUAUAAAUAACAUAGACAUUGAGUUUUUGGCAUCGUCAUUGAUAAGUCAACCACUAGACAGCGCUGCCGUGGACUGUCACUCCACAUUAAAUGCUGAGGAGGCGAAUAAAAAUGAAAUUAUGGCUUCAAUCAGCUAUAUGAAAGGCAAAAUUUACGAAGCUCUAGAUAAUCGCGGUUUGGCUAUGGACUACUAUGUGCAAGCGCUGCACAAGUCGGUGUAUUGCUUUGAAGCGCUUGAAGCGUUAGUACAGCAUGAAAUGCUUAUGGCUUGGGAAGAGAAGGAACUGAUGCAACAUUUGCCGCUUGCACAACACUCAAGUGAAACUGAUGCAAAGUUUAUCAAAAAAUUGUAUGAGUCAAAGCUAAAGAAAUACUAUGAAUCCAUCGAUCUCGGCACAGGUGAUCAGACAAUUAAAGAUUUAAGUGAGAAAAUUAAGAAAACUUUAUCAUCUGAGGCACAACUACAUAAAAAUAUACUCUCUAAAUAUAUGACUCCGCAAAUUAUGUCGCCAGCAAAUAAAGUGCUUGCAGAUCUCAAAAAUAAUCCAUUCUCCCUACAAAUCAGUCUCACUCGAGCAUCAUCGCUCAUGAAUGAGUCCAAUCGUUCACAUGCCGAAACACCCGGUCGUGAUCAUACAAAAGAGGCUGAUAACAAAAAUAUUCUGCCACUUGCAACUUGCCUAAGUCGUAUACAAAAAAGCACGGAUAUGAUGGCUGCCGAAGCCGAGAAACUAUUCUAUGAUUGUGAAUAUAAAAAGAGUUAUAAAAUACUUCAAGAACUAUUAAAAGCGGAUCCCUAUCAUAACUCAGGCUUAACGCUACAAAUUGGUUGCUUGGUCGAGUUUGGUGAUUACAACAAACUUUUUUACGUCGCGCACAAACUAGUUGAUCGGUAUCCCGACAAAGCCAUUUCGUGGUACGCUGUGGGUUGCUAUUACGAUUUGAUUGGCAAGAGCGAUCCGGCGCGUAGAUAUCUUUCGAAAGCAACCGCACUUGAUCGUCUAUAUGGACCUGCGUGGCUGGCUUACGGCCACUCCUUUGCCAAGGAAAAUGAGCAUGAUCAGGCAAUGGCUGCUUAUUUCAAAGCUACGCAACUCAUGCGCGGUUGUCAUCUGCCACUCCUCUACAUUGGUGUUGAAUGUGGACUGACGAAAAAUCUCGAGCUGGCUGAGAAAUUCUUCUAUCAAGCCAUGUCAAUUGCUCCGCUAGAUGUCUUUGUGUUGCACGAGUUGGGCGUAAUCAAAUAUGAAUACGAAUACUACAAGAGUGCGGAGGAAGUGUUUCUACGCACAGCUGAAAUUGUUAGAGCGCGCGCUAAGGAGAAUAAGGAGGAACUCUCAGCGCGUUGGGAACCGCUUUUCAAUAACUUAGGUCAUUGCUGCCGCAAGCGCAAGAAGUACAAGGAGGCUUUAACUUAUCAUCAAUAUGCACUUUUAUUGAAACCACAAAGCCCGAACACCUAUACGGCAAUGGGCUUUGUUUAUGCUCUAAUGGGCAAUCUCGAAGAGGCCAUUAUCUACUUUCACAAAAGUUUGGCAAUUAAUCGUGAUUGCAUUGUGACAACAACUAUUUUGAAGACUUGCAUUGAAGAUGUAAUGAAUGAUGAAGCGAUUAUUGAGGACAUAUGUGGUCGAGAUUUUAGCGGUACCACCACAUCAUCGUCCUCAUCUUCAUCGAAGUCAGCAUCAAAACGUUUGCCAACAAUUGAAGAAUCGCCGGCGAAAUUUAAUUGCAUCAAAUUGAAAUUUGAUGAGGAGGAUAGCACAAUAAAUCCGCCUGACAAGUCUGAUAGUAAUGUUGUAAUGGAUAUAAGUAUGGAUUUAUAA